CAAAGAGUAUUUUAGUCUGUAUGGUGAUGAGGAGGGAGUUUAGGACCAAGAGAUGUCCCCGCGCGACCGUCCUCUCCGACAGCGGAACUUUCCAAAGAAAAAAAAUAGAAGCCAGCCGUGUCAAACUUCCGGGGAUUUCCCGAAAAUAUAAUAGAAUUCAGUGUGUUCUGUUCAAAUUAAAAAAAAAACGACGGUUUAUUGGUUCCAUGACAGUAUACACGUUUGAACAUGUACAAGGUAAAAGGGGUAAUAUUUCAGACUAUGCAGUAAUGAUUGGACAAGCUGAGAAGUAUGCAUUCCAAACUGGAGUUCAUGUGAUUUAGCUGCUCUGGUUGAAUUGGCUAGAGAUUUGCAAAUCAUGAUAAAGGAACUUGCAAUAACUGAGCAUCCAGUAUCUGCAUGUGUGCCUCCGAAUCAUCGUGUUACUCUGCGUUGUCGAGCAAAGGGGUCAGGCCCCCUACAGUACCAGUGGUUCCAAUCAGAAGAUGAAGAGGUUCCUGGUGCCACGCAGCCAGACCUGGUCAUCACGGCCAAGAAAACCCAGGUUUACGUCUGUAGAGUGAACGACAAGCACAGUAACUGUGUGUUUAGUGAAUGGGUGAAGGUGAAAGUUUGGCAAAUUCUGAGAGCAGACAUACCCCUAACGUGGCAAGGACAGCCACAGAUAGUUGUGCAUCCCAGGUCAGUCACUAUAAAGCACAAUGAGGAGCUUAAGUUGCUGAGCAUUGCUUUUGGAAUCCCUCCUCCACGCUACCAGUGGUACUUGAACGGGAAUCUGUUGCAAGAUCAGACGAAAGAAACACUGCUAAUAAAGAAAGCGGAUAAAGACCAUCAAGGGACCUACCUGUGUUCAGUUUCUAAUGUGCUUGAGGAGACCUGGACUGAGCCAGCUGAAGUUAAUAUAGAACCUCCUAAUAAAACCACAACAGGGAGAUGUUAUGCAACAGACAAAGUAGCUCUUCUUAUUGGCAAUCUGAAUUACUCCAAUCACCCGAACUUGAUUGCGCCCAUGAUGGAUGUCCAUGAGCUGGCGAAUCUGCUGCAGACUCUGAACUUCCGUGUUGUAUCGCUGCUCAACACCACCAAAGAGGAGAUGACGGCUGCAAUCCAGGAGUAUGUGAAACUGCUUGACAAAGGGGUUUAUGCUUUGUUCUACUAUGCUGGGCAUGGAUAUGAAAAUUCAGGUAGAAACUACCUGGUUCCCAUUGAUGCUCCCCAGCCAUACAGACGAGAGAACUGCAUCAGUGUGCAGCGAACCAUGCAGCAAAUGCAAGAGAAGCACACAGCACUGAACGUUGUCUUGCUGGACACAUGUAGGAAAUGGUACAACAAGGAUUGUGCGCCUUCUGAAGUAAAGUCACUUGUACCUUUUGGCAACACAGUGUAUGGAUAUGCAACGAGUGAAGACGCUGAAGCCUAUGAGGUCCAGGAUGGCAGUCGGAGUUCAGGAAUCUUCACAAAGUACCUCAACAAACACAUUCUGCUAGAGGAGAAAGUUACUCAUGUUCUUGAACAAGUAUCUGAGGAUCUAGGAAGAGAUCCCCUGAUUAUUGGAAAGCAGGUGAUGGAGAUUAAACACACACUAAAUGAGCCCCGUGCACUAACUGACCGAGUCUGCACUACAGGACACACUGUCGAGCUCCGGGAAAGGAACCUGAACUGGAGUCGGGCCAACGAGCUGCCUGAGAGAAGGGUGCUGAAGUUCCCUUGUGGUACUGAAGUGGAACUCAGUUUCUCUGCGUUAUUUUCUAACAUGAUUACAGUGUUUGCUACAGUGAAGAAGACAGGGUGGAAAACAAUGGACUGCAGUGUUAGUCUACAAAGUACACCAGUGAUGGAGGAUGUGUUCUCAAGCAGUGACGACAGUACUGGUGGAAUGGGCUCUUUGCUGCUAAGUGGUCCUGACGACACUGACUGCAGUCUCAGGCUGAGCGGUCUACAGAAACUCAAGAGGAAUUUGAUAUUAAAGGUGAAUUUGCAUUACACAAGCAUGGACAGCAGGCAGCGAAUGGUGGAGAGCAAGCAGGAAGACAUUGGAAAACCUUUAGUUGCCAAAUGUGAACUUCUUCACAAGUCCGCAAAGCCUUUAGAAAGACGUGAGGGUAAAGUAAUGGCCGCCACAUUCCAGGCACCGCCACAGCGGGCAACAACGCCAUUGGGUCAGCCUUGUAGGCCAUCGACACGCAAGGCAGAAAAUACUCGGGAACACAAUGAGCCAGAGGAAAAUGAUGAGAGCGAGUUACUGAACCUCGCUUUCAGGUCCCUGGGACAGAAAAGCACUUGCACUUGAUGAAGGGACAGCAUCUCUACAACAUGAUGACGUCAUUUAUUUGCUGAACAUUUUUUAUUAUUAUUUUGCCUAAACUUUUAUUUAACGUGUAUGUUAUACUAAACUAUUUUGGAGUUGUAUGAAGAGUCAAACUUAUUUUAUAUGGGAGAUUAAUUGGGGACAUAAUGUAAAACAUCUGAUGGGAGAUUUUUUUUUUUUUGGUAUAUUGUAUAUUAUAAUAAAUACUGCUUUAGAAUAGACAUUAAUGAAACGGCAGUUAAUUGCUACAUGUAAUGUCCUUUGCUUUCCAUUAGUUGUAGAGCCUCCUCAGUAAAUAAAUAGCACAGUGAUUGCUACUGACUUAACUAUACCAUUUCUAUUUCUGGCAUUUAACUGUACAAUUAUGACUUUAGUUGUAUCACUUUCUGGUAUUAUCUUGGAACAACCCCUUUUUUUUUUUAAAUCAAUGUAUUAGUCUAAAUUGUAAUGGAGAUUAAUGCCUGUUAAUGGUUAAUUGCACAGACUGUUAAUGGACCGAUGUCUGGUGAAACAUGUAAAAUACAGACUUAUGAGGACUCACGAGUUAUACAUAUAGUUACGAAUGUGUGCAUUGCCUUGCUGCCAAUUAAAAGAUAAAUAACUGUUGAUAUUACAAAACUAGUAAGAAUGAUCCUAAGCACUUAAAUAAAAAUGUUCUCAAGUAUUAGCUGUUUUAUUGUAGCUUUUGAAAACGCUAGUGCAAACUUUGUGCUGGGCAAAAUCCCAGCCCAUUUGAUAUUCUUUUAAAUAAAUGUAUAUUGCCGGUAGGAUCUGUAAAAAGAGUAGCACCACAGAAACAAAGUAGAUUCUGCAUAACCCUUUAUUCUAAGAAAUAACCUAGGAUAUUCAUUUAAGACCACAUUAUUAUUAUUAUUUAUUUCUUAGCAGACGCCCUUAUCCAGGGCGACUUACAAUUGUCACAAGAUAUCACAUUAUUUUUUACAUAUGAUUACCCAUUUAUACAGUUGGGUUUUUACUGGAGCAAUCUAGGUAAGGUACCUUGCUCAAGGGUACAACAGCAGUGUCCUCCACCGGGGAUUGAACCCAUGACCACAUGCACACAUACAUGCACCUUAGUUGUUACUUGCUCAUUGUGGAACAUGGCUUCAAACUUAACACUGGGUUAAAUGCUUUGCAGAUAUGUCCAAAACUGUUGUAUUUACUGGAGCACUGUAGGGUUAUGUGUAUACAGUACUCCAUGAUUUAUUUGUGAUUUGAAUAUGUGACUUUUGGGUUGAUUUCAUCAUCCUGAACUUCACCAGGCAAAGUCACAGCUGUAUAUUUAGAGUAUUUUACAGCACUGGCAAAUUACCCUGGAUUGCACCAAACAUUUGUCCUGUGGUUAUUCCACAAUUGCCUUGAAAAAUGUGGUUUAUGCAAUCCAGAUGUGUACAGUGAAAUGCUCAAAUCCAGAUGUGGUUUCUCCUGGGAUUAACCCCUUAUCUUGUUCAUACAAAACAUUACCAUGUCCCAGGUGCACUUUGACUAAAAGGAGUUCUGUAAUUGUGUAAUAUCAGGUUUAACAAAAUAUCAGUGUCUGGAAUGUUUAGCUGGCACUGAAUGUCUUUUACCCUGUAAUCAAUAGUAUGAUUUAAAAAAAAAAAGAAAAGAAAAAAAUCAAGAUUAGCAAACAGUCAAGUCUAGAAACACUGUUUUAGUUUUGAUGCAGCGCAGUAUCUCUGCGUAUUAUAUCAGUUUAGAAGUUCUCACUUGUUGCAUUAAAUCUUGGUUUAAUUGUGGUUGCACUGUUCUGCUGUACAAAACUACGUAUAUUGUACAUGCCAGUACUCUGAAAUGUUUAAUAAAUAUGACUAAUUGUGAUUGUAUUGUUUCUGCUUUGAACGCUACAAUAAUAAAGGAUUUUUAAAUGCUG